AUGCAACAUCGAAUUAAUAAGGUUUUCAAGGGAAAUCGGAGGAGAAAGAACCCGAAUCGGCAAUACGUGGCAUCCACCAACGGAACCACUGGAGCCAUCGAGUACACUCUACAAGUUGACGACUAUUUUGAUUGGGAAGACGCUUACGAGGAUGAUAGUGGAGAUGAAUUCAGUGCAGAGGACGAACAGGCUGUACUAAUGCAUCAAGAGGGAUUCGAUCAACCACCGUGUAUGCGUAUAAUGGAUCAACUGAAUCGUCUCCACGUCAUCACAAUCUCUGGUGGAUACAUUGGAUCGGAUAGAGACUGUGAAGUGGUCGUGUCGAAUCAGUUACUACCCGAACGAUGCGCUGAAAUUGUGUAUUCUGAAGAGGCGGCGUGCUAUUCGAUUGAGAAAUUAGAGACGGCGUGUAUACUACAAGUUAAUGGGAAUACCGUACAGGUAGAGACGUUUUUUUAA